AAUUCUUUCUUUCUCUCCCAAACCUCGGACCAUCAAUGACGGUAAUUAUAAUUUCUCCUAAUUUUUGUUGGAAAAAACGCCCGAAAAAGCAUAAAAAUCAGUGGAAAGGCUAGCUCACGAUCUCCCCGAGUCACUGAUGCUCGAGGACAGGAUGGUGAAGACGGAGAGCGGAUGCUGCGUUCUCUGCCAAGUGAGCGUCCCUUGUCGCAGAAGCUUCCACAUUUUCACCAAAAAGGUUUCUGACUCUGACAAUGUGGCUGAGGUGCUGUCCAGAAUUCUGGAGCAUCCCGUGGAGCCCGAAGUCAUCCAUUCUGAGUACAUGUGCACCAAGUGCGAGAUGAUUUGCCGGGAAUUUGCGGAGAUUGAGGAUCGAAUACUGAAGAUCAAGGAAACUGUGAUAGACAAUUACAAUACAUUCGUGUCCUCCAUUGAGUACGUGGACGUUGUGACCAAAGAAGAAGCUGCGGAGGACAUCCCAAUGGAGGGCGAAGGGGAUGGAGAAGACCUGGAGCAGGUCCUCGAGGGAGAUCAGGAAGAGACUGAGGUGCCAGCAGAUGAGGAGAUUUUGCUGCUGUCUCAUGUGGAAGCCACAGAAAAUGACAGUAUCAUCACAAUGGUGUCCGGAGGGGAGAAUGAGGAGGAAACAGAAGAGAUUCCCGGACUCUACUAUCCAGAUCUCGAAGAGGAUGCCGCAGAGAAGUCUUCCGGAGCAGCCCAGAGGAAGAUUUACACGCGCAAAAACAGUGUCUUCUACUGCAAUUUGUGUCCGGAAGAGAGGAUCAUCAGUGAUCCCACGGAACUCACCUUUCACAUGAAGAUGCAGCACAUGGAGAAGCUCUACCUCUGUGACAUCUGCGGACUGGAUUGCGGGAGGCGAAUGUACCUGAUGAGGCAUUUGGAGUCUCAUUCAAAUGUUAAAGUGAAAGCGGAAGGAACAGUCGAAGCUUCUGUCAAUGAAUCCGUUGCUCUGCCAGAUGAUUCAGUUCAGAAGCGUGGAAGUCAAACUAAUUCGUCCAAAUCGUGGUUUUGUCGAUUGUGUGAUAAGCCUUAUGGGUCGAAAAAACUGUUGGACGAGCAUAUGAAUAUGCAUACGGGCGAUCGGCCCUACAAAUGUGACAUUUGUCCUAAAGAUUUUGCCUCCAAAUACACUUUGGCGGCUCAUAUGCGAAUUCACACGGCAAGACCACGUCCUUUCACCUGUUCCGUCUGUCACAAGACAUUCCUCACGGGUCAGAAUCUCUCACAUCACGAAAAGACGCAUUUGGGCGUGAAGGAGUACAAUUGUGAUGUUUGCGAUAAGGCCUUUGGGUCAUCUCACAAUCUGCGAGUGCACAAAAUUGUGCAUUCGGGCAAUAAACCCUUUCUGUGUCGAACGUGUGGGAAGUCUUUUGCACGAAGGGCCGAAGUGAGGGAUCACGAGAGAAUUCACACGGGCGAAAAGCCAUUCAAAUGCGACAUCUGCUCAAUGGCCUUUGCCCAGAGAUCCAAUUUGCAGUCGCACAAGAGAGCAACGCAUUUCAAUGAGAAACGCUACAAAUGUGACGUCUGCGAGAAAUCCUUCAAACGUCGACGACUUCUCGAUUAUCACGUUCAGGCUGCUCAUACGGGAGAAAGACCUUUUCAGUGUUACAUUUGUCCAUCAUCCUUUGUGUAUCCGGAGCACUACAAGAAGCAUCUGUUGAUUCACAAGAACGAGAAGAAGUACACAUGUGAGGUAUGUGGAAAGGGUUUCAACAACCAAGACAACCGUAAUACCCACAGAUUUGUCCAUUCGGACAAGAAACCAUUCGAAUGUGUUCAAUGUGGACAAGGUUUCAUGAGGAAACCUCUCCUUUUUGCUCACAUGAAAUCUGAAGGUCAUUUGAGUGAUACAAUUAUUGUAAAUCAACCCAGAUUGCAGGACAGCACCAAAGCAGUUAGUAGCGAAAAAGUAAGUGAGACUCGAGUUGAGUCUAGCACCGUUGACGAUGUCAGCGUAGAGGACCAAGGGGAAGAAAUUGACGAAAUAUCAACCAAGGAUGUUCAAAUUCUGCAAAUUGCCAUUGAAAAUCAACAAGAAAAGACUACAUGGAUGUGAAAAAGGUAGAAGAAUCAGAAAUUUUAUUUAAUUUUUCAAAAUUAGAAGUAAUUUUUGGAAAUUUUAAUUUUUUUUUUAAAUUUUCUAAUUUAAUAGUGAGAUCAAUAAGUUUUUCUUUAAAUUAUUAAAUCAUUUCGUGAAGUUCAUUGAAUAAGAAAACACUUCAAUUUUGACAGAUGCAUGCAAAUGUAUUUUUACAUUACGUAAUUUUUGAAUAAGGAAAUCUAUUGAGCUACUUUGGAUACAUGUUUAAAAUAAUUAUUGAAAAUAUAUUGAAGUUCAUAUUUUCAAGUGGCUUUUAGGCCAAAAGACAAAAUGUUUGAUUACGUAGGGGAAUGGUUGGUCUUUUUAGGAUAAUAAGAUCACCCGUUAAAACAUUGCAGACGGACAAUUGUUGUCCAGCCUGCAGAUGGCGCUCGAGUAAAAGCGCUGAUUUAUGAUAUUGUUAGUUAUUUUGAAUAACUGACGUCCAUUUAGUAAUUUUCAUAGCGAAGCGCUAUGGAGAAGUGCGAUAUUAGUGGAAAGUACUUUAUGGUGGAGUACUUGACGAGUCGCAUUUCUGUAGCCUACAAUUUGUUUUUAGACCAUUUAAAGAAAACUGAUGGUUAAUAAUAAUGAAGAGAUAGAUAGUGAGAAAAAUAGGCCAAAAUGACAAGUUUUCUCGCUAAGUCCUAAGACUUUCUCAUUAAAUUUUCUAUGUCAAUGAAUUGAACUUCUUUCCCUGGUUCUUUAUUGACAUCACAAAACUGGUUAUUAUCAUAUUUUUUUUCACUUACUUCAAGUAAAAAGGAAAUUAUAAGAAAAUAUUUAAAUUCUUGAGUCUCUGGAAAACUUGCUUCAAUGUUUAAAAAUGAGACUCCAGUUUGUUCCCAAUUUUAUUAGUAUUUCAUGUAUUUUUCAGCCAUUUGGCUUGACUUUACUUCCCUGGUUCUUUAUUGACAUCACUUAAACUGCUUAUUAUCAUAUCUUUUUAACUUUAUUAUUGAGUUCAAGUAAAAAAAGAAAUUAUGAGAAAAUUGAAGACCUUGAGUCUCUGGCAAACUCGCUUCAAUGUUGAAAAAUGGGACUCCAGUUUAUUCCCAAUUUAAAAGUAUUUCAUGUAUUUUUCAGCCAUUUUGGCUUGACUUUAUUUCCCUGGUUCUUUAUUGACAUCACUUAACUUGCUUAAGAAAAAAACGAAAAAUUAGAUAUUUGAAACAUAAUAGAACGUUCCAGAUAAUUUUUCCAGUAUUGUAAUUUUCUUUUGAAAAUUAUUCAGAGAUUGGCCUUCUUUACCUGGUUCUUUAUUGACAUCACUUAACUACUUGUGUUUUGCGAGCAGUAAUACUGUUAUGCAUUUUUGUGGUCAAAAUGACCUUUAAUUCGUUCAAUUACAUUCUAUAAAGUGGAUUAUGGUUCGUUUCGAAAAGAAAUUGCGAACUUUUUCGAAUUUGUCAUAUUUUGCAGAGUUGGAGAUGAGAUUGUGUUUGCAGUGACAUCUUCAACUCUGAACAAUAUGAUUUGAAUAGUCAUAUUUGGGCAUUUGCCUUUUUGAACAUGAAUAUUUCGGUCUAAGAUAUAGGUUUCCAGGAUUUAUCAAGAGGUAAAUCUAGGUGUAGUUUGCUUUGAAAAUUCUUCUAGAGUAGGCUUUCCUUAGCGUUGUUAAGUUCAAUUCUGGGAACGCGAAUAUCUUGAACGAUCGUGGAUUUGUUAUCAAGAAGUUUAGGCAAAAACCAAAUCUCGUAGAUCGGUGAGCGCAAUCGUAAUAUUCAUCUUGUUGUUACGCCCCAGACGCACUUAUGACUUAAGCCGAGAGAUGGCUUGACGUAAAUAUAAUCAAAAUAAUGAUCAGUUUACAUUUCCAUCAGUUUCUGACUAAUCCGUCUCUCGGCUUAUAAGCCAAGUGGAAAACUGAUGGGAAUUUAGGCAAAAGCAUUAUUUUGAUUUUAAAAUUAUGUUAAGCCGUCUCUUGGCUGAAGUCGUAAGUGUGUCUAUUCCAUUACACUGCACUUGGACUUGGAUCACAACUUCUGCCGUAAUCUUCACCAUUCGACUAACAGAAUUGUGUUAGUUGAAUGGUGUACUGUACAUUAUGGCUGAAGUUGCGAUAACAAUCCAAAUGCAGUGUAAAAAUUCCCGGCUGUAUCAUGACUUUUUUCCUGUCAUAUUUGAUACCUGAUGACGAGGACAUACAUAAUCGUGAUAAUCAAAAGAGGUUCUGUAUUUCUGUCCAUCUCUGCUGAAGGUGAAAACGUCAAAAUUCUAUGUAAAAGCCCUUAGUCCAUCAAACAUGAAGGUAUGUCCGUACAUCGAGUUACCAUCGAUUUAGAAUUUGAUUAAAUUUAUACGUUACAUUGAAGUACGCCAAGUAAUCUUUCAAGAUAUUUGGAAUAUCUUGAAUCUAUUGGCAGCUAUUGCUCUGUCUUUCCCUAGCUCUUUAUUUAAUUUGUAACCUACUAGCGAAGUAUGAUGUAUAUUCUCAAGAUACCCACAAUAUCUUGAAUAUAGUGACGGAUACUGUUCUGUCUUUCCCUAGCUCUUUAUUUAAUUUGUAACCUACUAGCGAAGUAUGAUGUAUAUUCUCAAGAUACCCACAAUAUCUUGAAUAUAGUGACGGAUACUGUUCUGUCUUUCCCUAGCUCUUUAUUUAAAUUGUAACCUACUAGCGAAGUAUGAUGUAUAUUCCCAAGAUAUCCACAAUAUCUUGAAUAUAUUGACGGAUACAGAUCUGUCUUUCCCUAGCUCUUUAUUUUAUUACUGUAUCAUACUUAUGACGUGUGAUUUAUGAGUGUACCGUCUGGAAGCACUGGAUGUCUUACAAGACUCUAAUUUAUUAUGAACCCACUUGAACCACUGCUGGAUAUCUUGUUUGGAGCCGACUGUACCCCACUACCUUUGAUUUUCAUUAAUGGUACUAAGGUACUAAAAGUAGGAAAAUCAUAGGUAGUGAUGCAGGAUCACUUUUCUCAAUAAAACUGUGGUCGGCUGUUAAUUGUUUUCAAAGUAACCCGAGGUAUCCGGAAUGUAGAGUGGGUGUAUGUAUCGAUAUUAACCUGCUCUUGGAGCAUGGGUCAUCUCAGAUAUAAUUGGAACAACUACCUUAUUUAAUGUAUUACUACAGAGGGGCCAGGUUGCAACAGGCCGUUUCUUUUUUUUUUUUCAUUGUAAUGGAAUCAACAUUUCAUACUCCCAGUUUAAGCCACAUAAAUUCCAAAAAUGAUAUACACUGCUAUGCACAGGUAGAGCAUAAUUCUCUGACUUCUUCCUUCUUACUAAGAUCAUACACAUCUAUACAGUAAAGAAUCUCUUUCAAUUGUAUGUCUUGUUUUUCGUUAAAGGUUUUCUUAUUCCGAUAUUUCCGAUUUUAGUACUUUGUUCAGUCAGAAUCUUAAUGUUGCCCAUUACAUUUAUACCAACGCACUUUGCGCUUGGGUAUGGCAUUUAUACCAGGGACUUCGUGUGAAGAAACUGGAAGGAUAAUUCUUUUUCUAUGUGAUCUUGCGAUAACUUACAACCUUCCAUUUUGACUUGGCGGGUAUUUUAUCUGAAUAAGUAAAUUAUGGCUCUAUAAUGGAAUGCCUAUGGUAAGAAAAGUGUUAGAUUGUCUAGCAUUUACUUACAUUAUAUUUAUUAUAACUAUACAAAUAAUUAUGAUAUUCAGCGUUUCGUCGUUGUUCACUUUAUUCUGUCUUAAAGUAGAACUUGUUUCUAUGUGAUCUUGCGAUAACUUACAACCUCCCGUUUUGUCGAGCAAGUUAUGCCCUAGACACACUUACUACUUAAGCCGAUAGACGGCUUAAUGUACUUACAAUCAAAAUAAUGAUUCGACUAGAUUCUCUCUAGUUUCAAACUAACUAAGCCGGUUCCCGGUAUUAGUCGAGAGACGGAGUAGUCAGAAACUGAUGGAAAUGUAAUCAUAUCAUUAUUUUGAUUACAGUUACGUUAAGCCGUCUCUCGGCUUAAUUCGUAAGUUUGUCUAGGGCAUUUCGUUAUGUGAAUCAGGCAUUUCAUUAGUGUUUUGAUUCACUAUUUAUAUGUUCUUGUAUAAGAAUAGAGUGUGACAGCUCUUCUGAAAAAUUGAACUUAUUUCUAUGCAAUCUUGCUAAAAUUUAUAACCCUCUCUUUAAAUACAUGGAUUUUCGAGGUGCAUAGUUACACUAUGGUAUUAUUUUAUUUUUUACUAAACAAAUAAUAUUACUUCUUUAAAAAUGUCAUACUUGAAAGAAUUUAAACUUAUUUCUAUGUGAUCUUGCGAUAACUUACAACCUCCAACCCUUUGCGUGGAAGUUAAUUUAUGUGAAUCAAUCAUUCCAAUUAUCAUUCGAUUCACUUAUUUUACUAAUUAUUUUGUUUGUUACUAAACAAAAACAUAACAAGACAUCUCUUCCUAAAAAUUGAAGAAAAAGAACUUGUUUGUAUGUGAUCUUGCGAUAACUUACAACCUCCAACCCUUUGCGUGGAAGUUAAUUUAUGUGAAUCAAUCAUUGCAAUUAUCAUUCGAUUCACUUAGUGUACUACUAUUUUGUUUGUUACUAAACAAAAACAUAAUAAGACAUCUCUUCCUAAAAAUUAAAGAAAAAAGAACUUGUUUCUAUGUGAUCUUGCGAUAACUUACAACCUUCCUUUUUGACGUAAAAGUUAUGGUCGAAGAGGAUCUGGCAGUGGGACGGGUUCGUCCUGGGGAACAUGGUUACGCGAAGAUUCAUCUUAAAAAGAUGAUAGGGGAAAGUGCCCAUGCUUGAUACCAUUGGAAGCUUCGUAAUGACUAAGUUUUUCCUAUGUUUCUCAAUAAUCGUGACUCCUCAAUAUAUGUUAAAAACUGGCCAGUUUCCCAUAGUUUUUAAAAUAUGGUUGCGAUGAGUGAAAUAUAUAUUGGGAAACAUAGAAAAUUUAGUCAUUACGAAGCUUCCCAUGGUAUCAAGCAUGGGCACUUUCCCCUACCAUGCGCCUCUAGGACAUUUGAUCUAAUUCGACUUUUAGUCCGACCAGUUUUCAUCAAAAACUUACCUUAGGCUUCUGAUGAAAAUGGUUGUAGUUAAUUUACAUUAUUAUUAACACAGGACCUAUCUGAUAGCUCGUUGUUACUAUAAGUUUCUCACAGAUUGAGCUACUCAGUAUAGGCACAGCGUGUUGCUGCAACACCUAAAUUUUCUGUAGAUCUACUCGUUGUAUUUAGAUUCAUCACUUAUACUUCUAUUUAACUCACUGUGACUUAUCCAGAAUAUUUUCUAGUAUAAAAAUGUUGUUGGGUUACCUUGAAUGAAUAGAGAAUCCCGCCUGACAAUACUUUAAGAAAGAGAGAAAUACUAUAUUAGAAAAGUCCGUGAAGAGGACUAGAAAAUUAAUUUUCACAUCAAUCAAACCAGUUUUAGUGAAUCAGUUCUUAGUUUUAGAUUUAUCACUUUUAUUACUCUAUUCUAUUCUCUCUCUAGUAUCACAUUGUUGCAGGGUUACCUUGAAUGAAUAAAUAAUCCAGUCCUUAUAAAGAUUAUGACUAUGACUAAUUGUCUUAUAUCAAAUUGUUGCAGGGCUACCUUUAAAUAAUAGUAUACCGGACUUGUUAGAAGUUGUGACAAGGUUAUACGGUCACCACCCCUUUGGGUGGUGAAUAUUUUUGGAUAAAUAGAAAAAAAUCCUGAUUAAUAAUUUUUCCCGGAUUCAAAUUCCAGAUGUAUCUCAAAGAGAAAAAUCUACAGGCAUGAUUGAUCUCUUAUCCUUAUUCCAAAUGAUAUCGAUAGCACAAGAAAUACACGUUUAAAGAAGAUAAUAUUCCGAGAAGGACGACUAGACGAACACGUUUUUAUAAUGUGAUUUUUGUGUGAUCGAUUCACAGUUCACAUCACUUAUUUUAUGUUACUUGUUGUAACUUUUCCAGAAUAUUUUCUGAUAUCAAAUUUUUGCAGGGUCACCUUUAAAGAUAAAGAAACCGGCCUGGUUAGAAGUUUAUAUAGUUUAUUCGCUCACCUAUAUUGGUUGGGAAAUACCUUUAAAUAAACAGGAAAAAUCCUGUUUAAAUAUUUAUCACAUUGGGCGCUAGAUCCUUACGUUCUUCAAGAGUAUUACAUGUACCUUACAGAGGUAAUUGUGCAAUUACGAUCGAACCUUUAAUCUUGUUCUUCUUGUUUAAAGGAAGACUAGAAUAAGAUUCAUAUUGUCAGAAAUUCGUAAAGAAAUCUUUGAAGAACACGUUUUCAUAAAGUAUUUUUUGUGGUUCCGUUCAUAGUAUUCAGUAUUACUAUUCAUAUUUUUACGUUACUUUCAGUAACUUUACCAGAAUGUUUUCUGAUAUCAAAUUUUUGUAGGGUCACCUUUAAAAGAAAUAAACCGGACUAGUUAGAAGUUGUGGGUUUAUUCAAGUAGGCAUUAUUAAAGAUCUAUAUAUAAGAUCACAAUAAUGCCUAAUUUAUACUUUAUAAAUUUACUUAAAAAAAAAAUUGAAAAGACAGUUCACAAUUGUGUAAGCAGCAGUCUUUUAUAAAAUUAAUUAUUUUGAAAUAAAAUCCAAGAAGCUCAGUAGAUUAUUAAAAUCAUUUUACAUUAUAUAUUGUUUCUAAGUUUGUUGAAUGAUGCGGGUUGUGAUUUCUGUCAAAAUUGAUUGUUAUAUCUUCCAUGUAGUCUAACACAAAUGUAUAAAUAUUAAGCAAUUGCAAAAUACUUGUGAAUUUUUAUUUAAAACAGAUUAGUUUUAUUGCUGACAAUGACAUUCUUGAAUGGGUUUUAAGAUACUGAAUAAACAGGUUAAAAUUAA